AUGUUCAAACAAAAUUCUUCCUUAACUUCAACAACAAGCAAACCAACACCGCCCUCGAGUACAGCAACCACUUCGCAAGCAUUCUCAUCAGCAUCAUUGGAGAAUCAUCAUCAAGGGAAUGAUAAGAAAAAGUUUAUAUCCCGAUAUCAACAUACAAGACAUAAUAUUAAGCAAACCAAUAAGCAAAAUAAUUUAGAAGAGUUACAGAAAAAGAAAAUGUCGCUGGAGGUUCUUCAAAGUGGAUUCAAAAAGAUGUCUAAUAUUAAAUCAUCCAUGUAUCAUCAAGUGAUGGAUGAGCUUCAUGAUGAAGAGCUAUUGAACAUAAAACCAAUUACAACAGCUUCAUCCUCUGCAUUUGCAAAAUGGCAAUCUGAGGCUGAUCAAAAGCAACCUUCUGUUCAAUCAACAUUUUCCUCAAGCGGUGCUCAGACAAAUAACCAUUCAAAUUCCAGUAAUAGAGAGCGAUCAAGAAGAUUUCUCGAAAGUUUGGAUAUUUUCAAUGAGAAUGCUGAAAAAUUCUCUUCUGCAAGCAAAGGGGUGGAUGUGAUUACGAAGCAGCAGGAUAUUGAAGAGCAACAUGAUGGAGAAGAGGAACAAUCGAUUGAUCAAUCGUCAAUUACAGAUCUCGAUGAAAAGGAACUGGAACAGGAAAUUGCAAGCUUGGAUCAGCAAUUAUAUGGAUUAAACACAAUCAUCAAUGACUCUUUCAAAAACGAUGAGCCUCAAUUGGACAUGCCUUAUAAGCAAGACUCGCACCAUUCUCAUAAUGAGCAACAACAUCAUUCUCCUCGUACAUCACACACAAAGAUUCAUCUUCAAGAAAAUCAUCAUCCAUCUCCUUACAAAGAGGAAAAGGAAAAGCUAUUUAAAUUAGAUCGCUUGAAAGAGCUGAUUGAGUAUAAAAAGGAGCUCGACCGGCGAGAAGUUCUGAUAGAAAGACUCAUAAUUGGACUGAGGAAGGAGAAUCAAAUGCACAGAUAUAAAUUAAAGGAAGUAGAAAAAUUUUGUAGUGAGUUUUCAUGGUCCCAGGACAACUUGCUGGAGGAUAUUAAGAGGAAUCUAUUUAGUGACUCUGAUACCACUUUGAAGAAUGAUGAUGAGGAUAAAAACCAGCAUUAA